AAUGUGGUUAACGCUGAUUAUUCGUUACUGUUUGUUCUGGUUUUCGUCCGCGAAUAUGGUACCGUGGUACCCCGUGAAUCCGACGGUCGGCGAACAGAUAGAUUUGGUAGGUGUAAUCGGAAGUUUCGACAGGAAUUGGACUCGAAGCGUCGCCAACGAUCAGACGAAGGACGCGGUCGAUUCGUCGGAUUCCGAGAACGCGUUCAAUUUCACGCAAACCCCGUACAAUUCGAUCGAUCGAGACCGCGAACCGUUGGACGAGGUGGAACGCAUCGAGCCCAGGCAGUGGCAACCGGUUGGAUUGGACGCGUUCUACACGGAAGGUUUCGUUCCUUCCACCACGACGUUCUCGUUGCCGCGAAGUCCGCUCAAUCCGCUCAAUCCGCUCAAUCCGCUCAAUCCGCUCAAUCCGCCUACGCUCGCCCAGAGGAACCCGUCGACGCAGAGGUACCCUUCGGCGAGUGCGCCACCCCCUACGGCGUCCGUGGACGAAGUGUUCUGCGACUUUGGCUCGUUUCCGACGCAAACCUUUUGCGAGUGGCGAAACGGCGACGGCACGUUGGAUUGGACACCGGGCACCGGUAUGGGCACCAAUUGGAUGGGUGGUCCCCCGAGCGAUUACACGACUGGAACCAUGGAGGGCGGAUACGGUUUCUUGGAGACCUCGCAGUUGCCGCUGAAAGAGGGGAACGCGAAAAUCGCUGGGGGACUGCUGCACAGCCCACAGUUGGCUAGCACGGGAGUAACCGGGACCUGCGUCAUGUUCAAGUACGCGAUGGACGGGCUGAGCGUCGCCGGGCUGAGGGUGUUGCUUCACACGGGAACGGACGAGUAUUCGAUCAAGAAGGAGGAGACCGAAGAGAUCGCGGCCGAGAACGCGACGAUAAUACCCUCUUGCAAACCAGCGGAAACGUUCGACGAGCGUAUCAUCUGGAACGCGCAAUACUACACCCUCGGCGUUUGGCAACAGACGCAACUGCUCUACACUUACCCCGAGUUACACUCGGUGAUCCUCGAGGGAAUUCCCGUGGAUCCCACGGACCCGGCUCGCCUGUACAGGGGCUACGUGGCCGUGGACGACAUAGAUUUCCAACCGGGCACCUCUUGCGUCGGCUUUUGCAAUUUCGCGGGCGGAUUCUGCGACUGGAGCAACGACCCGGAGGACGACUUCGACUGGACGAUUAGCCGAGGAAGCGGAAAUCCAACGACCGGGCCAGCCAUGGAUAGUUCCGGCGAGCGUUCGACCGGUGGAGGGUACGCGUACAUAGACUCCUCGUUUCCUCGCAGACCGGGGGACAGGGCCAGGCUUCUCAGCACGAGCUUCCCUGCGCCGAAUCCCGACACUCCCAUGUGUCUGCAUUUCUGGUUUCAUAUGUUCGGUGCCGGGAUCGGGAGCUUGAAACUGUUCGUGCGUCACUUCCGCAGCCUGGACGCGCCGCUUCGAGAAAUUUGGGCGUUGACCGGAAACGCUGGAAAUACCUGGUUCAUCGCUGAGAUCACGAUCGGUUCCCUGGACGACUUCCAGUUGGUGUUCGAGGCUUCGGUAGGGAAUUCCGGGAUGGGAGACAUCGCCAUCGACGAUAUCUCCUUCGCUCAAGGAUCUUGUCCGGUGUCACCCCAAGUCGCGGCACCGACACCCCGAGACUGCAGUUUCGAAGUCGACGAAUGCGACUGGAUCAACUCCAGAGACCCCGAUCGCGUCGAAUGGGAAAGGGUAUCGUUUCAAGCGCUCAGCCCGAGAAACCAGCGGAAACUGUACAGUAACGGCUACACGAUCAAUCGGAGGAACGAGUUUUUCCUCGGACUGGGACGUCCGCGAGGAGGGCCUCGAUCCUCCGGAGGAGGUACGGCGCAGCUCAUCAGCCGUGAGAUCAAACCCACCGAGGAGCCUCUUUGCAUCACUUUUUGGUACUUUAUGUUCGAAUCCUUUAUCGAUUCUACCGGACCGAGUCUAGGAGUACUUCGAGUAUCUGUGCAGAUAACCGGGGACUCUUCCGUCGAAUCCAGACCAAUUUGGCGACUAUACAAUAAUCAAGGGCCCACGUGGAAUUACGCGCAGGUGAACGUAAACGAAAAGAGAAAUUUUGACGUGGUCUUCGAGGCUACUUGGGGUCCGAAUCGAGCUAGCGGCCACAUAGGUAUCGACGACGUUUCCUUUUAUACCGGCAACUGUACAGUGAAACCGCCGAGUGCAUCGGUAAGGCCGGAAGAUUGCAGCUUCGAGAAAGGUUUGUGCGGUUGGGAAAACAUUACUUCCUCGGACAAUGAACGCGCCGUUACUUGGCAACGUGCUUUCCUCGCUCAUCGACCGGCUCAGUUGCUGGACAAAACUUUCGGAGCAACCGGUGACUUUGUUUUCUUCGACAUUUUCACCAACAAUAAAAAGUCAACCGACGUACGACUACGAUCGCCAAUUAUACAGAGCUCGCCGGACGAAGAAUCCGUUUGCUUUACUUUUUGGUUCGCUGCGUUUGGAGUCGAGGAGUCUACCACGCUGCAAAUCAUUAAGAUCAACGUCGAAGAAGGGAAAGCCAGUCAGGAAGAUAAUGGGAACCAGGAGCAACCCUUGUGGUCGUUAACGGCAAAAGGGUUUAAUAAUCCUAGACCCGUAUGGACGGCGGCACAAGUUACGAUAGACGCGCGUCUACCUUACCACCUUGUCUUGCGAGGAAGCGCCAGCAAUGGAGGUUUCGCUAUCGACGACAUCAAAUUCCAGCCUCAAACUUGUACCAGUAAGUGUUCCGUAACGAACGGAUCUAAUACGAACAAUUCUUCUAAUACAGCUUCUGUUACUCUGAAAUUUCACAGUUCGUCCGGCUGCUGCUCAACCCAUCGGCAAUGAGAGUUAAAGCUUUAUCAUUUAUAAAGUCAUCAACAUCAACGUCAUCAUCGUCAUCGUCAUCGUCAUCGUCAUCAUCAUCAUCAUCAUCAUCAUCAUCAUCAUCAUCAUCAUCAUCAUCAUCAUCAAAUAAGGCAGAAAUUAAUCGAUAUAUCUUUAUUAAAGUUCGUUUUGUCUCUUUAUAAAUUGCCUUUUUAUUUCAAACGUAACAAUGCCAAGAGCGACUCCUGUAUU